AGAGGAGAAAUGGCGCAAAAAGGAGUUCAGCUGGACCAGGAAACAAUCUCCUGUUCAAUCUGUCUGGAUCUACUGAAGGAUCCGGUGACUAUUCCCUGUGGACACAGCUACUGCAUGAACUGUAUUAAAGGCUUCUGGGGUGUAGGGGGGAACAGGAAAAUCCCCAGCUGCCCUCAGUGUAGGCAGACCUUCACUCCGAGGCCUGUCCUGGUGAAAAACACCAUGUUAGCAGCUUUAGUGGAGGAGCUGAAGAGGACUGGACUCCAAGCUGCUCCUGCUGAUCACUGCUAUGCUGGACCUGAAGAUGUGGCCUGUGAUGUCUGCACUGGGAGGAAACUGAAAGCCCUCAAGUCCUGCUUGCAAUGUCUGAUCUCUUACUGUGAGAAACACCUCCAGCCUCAUUAUGAAUCACCUGCCUUUGGAAAACACAAGCUGGUGGAGCCCUCCAAGAAGCUCCAGGAGAACAUCUGCUCUAGUCACGAUGAGGUGAUGAAGACUUUCUGCCGUACUGAGAGGCAGAGAGGGCUGGAGGUGAGUCGACAAAACAUCCAGCAGAGAAUCCAGGACAGACAGAAAGAUGUGAAGGUGCUUCAACAGGAGGUGGAGGCUAUCAAUGGCUCUGCUGAUAAAGCGGUGGAGGACAGCCGGAAGAUCUUCACCGAGCUGAUCUGUCUCAUGGAGAAAAGAAGGUCUGAUGUGGAGCGGCAGCUCAGAUUCCAGCAGGAAACUGAAGUGAGGCGAGUCAAAGAGCUCGAGGAGAAGCUGGAGCAGGAGAUCACUGAGCUGAAGAGGAAAGAUGCUGAGCUGAAGCAGCUCUCACACACAGAGGAUCACAGCCAGUUUCUACACAACUACCCCUCACUGUCACCACUCAGUGGAUCUACAGACUCAUCCGCCAUCAAGAUCCGUCCUCUCAGCUACUUUGAGGAUGUGAUAGCUGCUGUGUCAGCAGUCAGAGAUAAACUACAGGACGUUCUGACAGAGGAAUGGACAAACAUCUCACUGACAGUGGCUGAAGCGGAUGUUUUACUGUCAGCUUCACAACCAGAACCCAAGACCAGAGCUGGAUUCUUCAGAUAUUCACGUGAAAUCACACUGGAUCCAAACACAGCAUACACAAAGCUGUCGUUAUCUGAGGGGAACAGAAAAGCAACAUUAAUGAGUGAAAAACAGUCUUAUUCUUAUCACCCAGACAGAUUCACUGGUUGGUCUCAGGUCCUGAGUAGAGAGAGUCUGACUGGACGGUGUUACUGGGAGGUGGAGUGGGGAGGGGAAGAGGUUUAUGUAGCAGUCGCAUACAAGAAUAUCAGCAGAGCAGGGAGCUCGCGUGAAUCUGGAUUUGGAUUCAAUGGCAAAUCUUGGGCGUUAGAUUGUUACAAAAACAGUUAUAACUUUUGGUACAAUGAUGUGAAGACUCCCGUCUCAGGUCCUCGGUCCUCCAGAGUCGGAGUGUACCUGGAUCACAGUGCAGGUAUUCUGUCCUUCUACAGCAUCUCUGAAACCAUGACUCUCCUCCACAGAGUCCAGACCACGUUCACUCAGCCUCUCUAUGCUGGAGUUUGGCUUUGGUAUUCUUCCGACACUGCUAAGUUCUGUAAACUCCGAUAGUCAGAGACCAUUUAAGGGACAGUGGGUUAAAUUGUGUGUUUGAAUUGUGAAACUUGUCUUCAUGUUUGUUGCUGAGAGCUGAUUGUGGCAUUUGUUCACUGCGCAGAGAUCAGCUGUCAAUCAAACACUGUGGGUGGGACUUUGACGCCUUCUCAUGUGUUGUUCUGUAAAUGUUUGAGUGUGUUUAGGUGGAGCUCCUUCCUGUGUCUGUUCAGCCAUGGAGGCUCUGGCUGCUCAGGAUGAUCGCUGUUUACCUGAGCUGGUUUAUUACCCAGACGUCAAAACUGGAAAAAUAGCCAGAAUUCAUGUCUGACUUGAUGUCUGAAAGCAACAUAAAUCUCAUUUCAAGUCAAGACACAAUCACCUAUGGCUGGUGGAGAUUAAUGUUGUUCCAGAGAAGUUUUGUCAGCCGUCACUCAGCUUUUACAGCAAGUGAAAUAUUUUGACAUCAACAACAGAAAUGUGCAGCCUAGCCUCAUGUUGUAGACCAGGUUUUCAAACUGAUUAGAAACUUUACAGCUGUGUCACAAACCUCAGUAAGUCAAAAGUAAAGCUCCCUUUAAGUGAAACUCCUGGUGGUAUUUUGGCUUAUGACUCACUAACCACAGACUUUUCUGUAUGUCCUCCUUCACUGUAAUAAAAUCACCUGUGUU